CGGCAGCCAUGAACGGCGAGGAGCAGUACUACGCGGCCACGCAGCUUUACAAGGACCCGUGCGCGUUCCAGAGGGGCCCGGCGCCAGAGUUCAGCGCCAGCCCCCCUGCGUGCUUGUACAUGGGUCGCCAGCACCCGCCGCCGCCGCCCCCGUUCCCGGGCGCCCUGGGCGCUCUGGAGCAGGGCAGCCCCCCGGACAUCUCCUCGUACGAGGUGCCUCCCCUCGCCGACGACCUCGCGCACCUCCACCACCACCUUCCCUCUCAGCUGGCCCUCCCCCACCCUCCGGCCGGGCCCUUCCCGGAUGCAGCCGAGCCAGGCGCCCUGGAGGAGCCCAGCCGCGUCCAGCUGCCUUUCCCAUGGAUGAAGUCUACCAAGGCUCACGCAUGGAAAGGCCAGUGGGCAGGCGGUGCCUACGCAGCAGAGCCAGAGGAGAACAAGCGGACGCGCACCGCCUACACGCGCGCGCAGCUGCUGGAGCUGGAGAAGGAGUUCCUGUUCAACAAAUACAUCUCUCGGCCUCGCCGGGUAGAGCUGGCCGUCAUGCUGAACUUGACUGAGAGACACAUCAAGAUCUGGUUCCAAAACCGCCGCAUGAAGUGGAAAAAGGAGGAAGACAAGAAGCGCAGCUGUGGGACAGCCGCUGGGGCUGGCGGGGACGCGGAGCCGGAGCAAGACUGCGCGGUGACCUCAGGCGAGGAGCUGCUGGCAUUGCCGCCACCGCCGCCCCCGGGGGGUGCCGUGCCGCCUGCUGUUCCCGCCGCAGCCCGAGAGGGCCGCCUGCCGCCUGGCCUUAGCGCGUCGCCGCAGCCCUCCAGUGUUGCGCCCCGGCGGCCGCAGGAACCCCGGUGAGAGAUGGGGACUCCUCCCUGUCGUGUGGCUUCAACCACUCGCAGAGGAGGGGGGGCGGGCCUAGGA